AUGCGCGCACUGCUCCGGCUCCACACACCUGCCGCCGCGUGCGCCCUCGCCGCAAGCGCCGCCCUCGCCUCCUCGGCCAGCUCUGAGCCAUCCGCCGCCGGCCGGCCGCUGUUCCGCUUCGGCGUGAUCGCCGACAUCCAGUACUGCGACUGCGACGACGCCUCAAACUUUGCCGGCACGGAGAUCCGCAAGUACAGAGGCACGCUCGAGCAGACGCGCCGAGCCGUCGAGCACUGGAACGCGCUGCGCGAGCCGUCCGCGGCGUGCAUUCUCAACCUCGGCGACAUCAUCGACGGGCAGAAUGCCGGCGGAUACGGCGCGGGCUUGACCUUCGACGGCCCGCAGUCGGAGGCGGCACUCGGGCGCGUGUGCGGCGCGCUGAGCGCUUGUAAAGCUCCGAUUUACCACGCUGUCGGCAACCGCAACCACGAGCUGUACAACUUCGACUGGGCGGGCCUGCGCGCGCGGCUGCAGAUGCCGGAGGCAGGGUCUGUCGUCACUGAAGGUGGGAGCGACGCCGCCGGCGCUGACGCAGCCGCGGCGCUGCGGCCUGUCAGCUGGCAGCCGUGCAAGGGAUGGACCUUUGUGUUGCUCAACGCAUACGCCGCGCUCCCUGGCUACCGUGCCGCCGCCGAGCUGCUGCAGCGGCACAACCCGUCCUGCUACGAGGCGGUCAGCGGCGUCAACUUCUUCGCCGGCAUCGAGGACCCGCGGCUGCUGCGAUACGUCCCGUUCAACGGCGGGCUCGGCGAGGCGCAGCUUGCAUGGCUUCGAGAGGAGGUCCGCGCCGCCGUGGCGCGCGACGACAGGAUCGUCGUGCUCUCGCAUUUGCCGAUGUACGAGCCGGCCGCCUCGGCUCGCACGCUGCUGUACGACGCCGACGAGGCGCUCGCGCUGCUGCAGGCGGAGGGCGGCGGCCGAGUCGUCGCCGUGCUGGCCGGCCACUUGCACCGCGGCGGCUACGCGGCGGACGAGUCGGGCAUCCACCACGUCACGCUGCAGUCUCCGCUCAACUACCGGGACUCGUUUGGCCACGUCGACGUGCACGCCGACCGCCUCGAGCUUAUCGGUGCACCGGGCGGCGAGUUCAUCUCGCGCACGCUGCCCUUCCCUGCGAAGGCGGCGCGCUGCCCGGCGUCCGCAUUGUGA